CGGACCCAGGCGCGGAGGCCUUGGGGGCGCGGGCAGGUCUGGGUCGCGGCCGCCCCCUGGGCGGGGCAGCCUCUGCUUCUGCGGGCCGCCGCCGGCGCAGGGCGAUCUCCAAGCGCUGCUGGGCUAGGCGGCUGGCCAGGAGGGGAGGGUCCGGCCUUGCCCAGCAGGCGCCCACUGGCGGCUUCCCCCGACCUCCGCGCCAUGCCGCGGGCCGAGUAAGCCGCCGCCGGCUCGGGACCCUGCAGGUGCCCGCGGGAGCGCCAGGCUCUGCUGGGUAGGGGGCGCUGCGCUCGCCAUGCUUCGAGGACCCGCGACCCUGGCACCGGCCCCUGGGCCGACCCUGACGGGGCUGGCCGCUGUGAGCCCCACUGAAUUGUGGCCGCCGGGUCUCAGCAGCCCGCAGCUCUGCCAGGCCACCGCCACCUACUACACUCAGUUGUAUGCGCAGACUGUGUCUUCCGCUGCGGUGCCCGGCACCUGCCUCGACGCCACCCCCCACGGACCGGAGGGCCAAACUGUGCGCUGCGUGCCGGCUGGCCGGCUGCCGGCCAAAAGGAAGCUGGACCUGGAGGGAAUCGGGAGGCCUGCAGUCCCUGAAUUCCGGACUCCCAAAGGGAAGAGCAUUAGAGUGGAUGGCCUCCCGAGCCCCAAAACUCCCAAGUCCCCAGGAGAGAAGACUCGGUAUGACACAUCACUGGGGCUGCUCACCAAGAAGUUCAUUUAUCUCCUGAGUGAGUCUGAGGAUGGUGUCCUGGACCUGAACUGGGCAGCUGAGGUGCUGGAUGUACAGAAACGGCGCAUCUAUGACAUCACCAAUGUGCUGGAGGGCAUCCAGCUCAUCCGCAAAAAGUCCAAGAACAACAUCCAGUGGGUAGGCAGAGGAAUAUUUGAAGACCCCACCCGGCCUGGGAAACAGCAGCAGCUGGAGCAGGAGCUGAAGGAGCUGAUGAAAGUAGAGCAGUCCUUGGACCAGUUCAUCCAGAGCUGCUCUCUGAACUUCAAGCAACUGACUGAGGACAAGGCCAACAAGAAGCUUGCCUAUGUGACUUACCAGGAUCUCCGUGCCAUGGGCAACUUUAAGGAGCAGACAGUGAUUGCUGUCAAGGCUCCUCCACAGACAAGACUGGAAGUGCCCGACAAGAUAGAGGACAACCUGCAGAUAUAUCUGAAGAGUACUCAAGGGCCCAUUGAAGUCUACCUGUGCCCAGAGGAGGUGCAGGAACCAGACAGUGCUGUCAAGGAGCCCCUGCCCUCCACCUCCACCCUCAACCCCAGCUCUGACUCUACCCAGCCGAGCUGCAGCACCAACACUGGCAUUCAGGAAUCCACCACAUCUACAGCACCAGCACCGACUGCCCAGCAGGCCCAGUCAUCACCACCACCACCACCGCCGCCUCCACCACCACUGCCAUCCAUUGUCCCUCUGGAGGCCACUGACAGCAUGUUGGAGCUGCCACACCCACUUCUGCAGCAGACUGAGGACCAGUUCCUGUCCCCCACCCUGCCAUGCAGCUCCCCCCUGAUCAGUUUCUCCCCACCUCUGGACCAGGAUGACUACCUGUGGGGCCUGGACGGGGGUGAAGGCAUCAGUGACCUCUUUGACUCCUAUGACCUCGGGGACCUGCUGAUUAAUUGAGUAGCCCUACCUGCCCUCAGCAGCCCCACCCCUGUUUCUACCUCCUCACACAGAGGACUGACAGUUGAGAAGCUCCCUAAUUGUGUGGGGAUUAGGACCCAAGGUACUACCCGUGGCAUGCAGGGGUCUCCUCCUUUCCUUUCCUACUCUCUUGCUGGUCGGGGCUGGGAUUGUGGGGAUGUGAGUGGAGGAUACAUAUGAGGAGCGUAUCAAGGGUUGGGUCCUGCCCUUCCUUCCUCAUGGGGACGGGCCUAGAAAGGCCCCUCCAGCCUUCUUACCUCUGACUUCCCAUGUGAAGGGUCACAGGUGACGUGACCAGGUUCAGGGAAAGGCCUGCCACCUCCUUUUGAGGGCAAGUUAGUAACCUCAGUUGAUCAAGAAGCACUUACUGCCUUCGUAUUUAUUUCAGGUUGAGUUGUGUUUGUCUUCCCUGAAUUUUAGCAGGGAGGGUGUUCUAGUUUCUAGUAAGACUUCUCCUCAGACUGGUCCAGCACUGUUCAGGGACCAGUCUGGACUGCCAGGUGUACAGGCUGGCUCCCCUAUCUCCCUGCAGCAGUGGGGUAGAGUGCCAGUCUUUGAGGGGGCUGUCCAGUCAGUGUUUCUGGAACUCUGAUUGCACUUAGGCCAUGUCAUUCAAAUAGGCAGGCCCUUUGACGUCUCCUGCUCUGGGCCUGGGCCUGCCAUCUCCAGCUAAGGCUCCAGGCUUAGAUGCCUGGUCUCCUUGAUUGCUCAGGUGACACUGAAAUAGGAGACCCUUUUGAAACUCCUUACCUCUCCCCACCCCACCCCCUUUAGAAUGUAAAAAUGACUGUCUAGGGAAGAGUUAGCAGUGAAUAGCUCCUGAGGAAACCCCAACAGGAAAAAGUGGGAAAGAUGCCCAUCUGCUUUUGCCUCCUCUGAGGACCUGGGAGGCAUAGGCAACUUCUUGGGAGCUGUCUGCAUGAUCCUCCCAUUCCCUGUCAAGUUUAUGUUGGCCAUAUUUGUGGAAGGGAAUUAAUAUUUUUAUGGUGUCUCCUUACCCCUAGCACUCACAUAGACCCCUAAGAACUUGGCAGCUAAUGAGGUGGGGGUGGGGGAUUCUGGGAGAGUCUUUUGACCAUACCAUAUACCCCAGAGGCCUGAGCAUUCAGUCAAAUGUGGGGGGAAGGUUAUUUACCCUCCUCCACCCACCCAGGGCUGGGGGUGCUCUGGGUUGAACCAAGUCUGUGCCUUCUGUAGAGAGAGGCAGGAGGGCUGGUGGUCUGAGAGGCUCACCACCCACCCUCAGGGAGUUAGGUUUCCUUAGGGGCUCAGCUGGGCAGCACUUUUCUGGUUUUUUUGUUUCUGUUUUGUUUUGUUUUCAAGUUUGUAGCAUUAAGUUGAUUUAAAAUAUGAAGUUGGCUUUAUAGACCUGUUUCUGCGUUGACCUACAGGCAUCUGAAAUUUACAAGGUGGGUUUGUUUGGGGAUGAGACCCAUAGUGAGCUAAUGUCCAGCUGGGGUCAGUCGUGCCUUGUCCUUUGCUUGACUUAAUAGGCUCCCAAGUUUGUUAACUCCCCUCCUCCCCCAGGUAUGAUUAGCAGGUAAUAGAUGCCUAUAAACAGGGUUGAUUUUGUAUGCUUUAAAGAAAUGCCAUCGUAUUACCUUCCUAGAGAUUCCGGGGGCAGGGUCUCAACAAAAGUCCAGCAAGAAGCCCAGCAUUCCCAGGGCCAAUAGAACAUCUUGACCUUGGACUGUGUGGGGUCUGAGCUGGAAAUGGCAUUGCUUUUCUGGGGUCUCCACUGGGCUGCACUUUGAUUUUGUGCCCUCUUUGAAGAUAGAGAUAUUUGACUUUCAUGCCUUAGGCUGGAUAGGCUGGAUCUAGAAGUUUCUUCUAGAAUUAAAGUCAGAGAAAAGGGUAAAGAGACCUGCAGGAUUUAGUAAGAACUUAAUUGUAAAGCUUGACUGGAAUUCAAGCUCACUUCCUAAAUGAUGAACUGUAGGACUGGGCAGAGGAACUGCUUGACCUGUCAGCUCAGGUCCUAUAUUCCGAGCACCUGCCCUGCCCUUCCACACUGUGCCUGACCCAGGGUCUGGGCUGGCCUGCCCAGGCCAAGUCGUAGGCUCAGGUAAGGAGCAAGGUCUCCCUGCAUUCUUGCAGGGACACAUGAAAACACCCAAGUUACAAUGAGUACUUGAGUGCUAUUUCCCAGAGGGACCAGAUAAACUUUAAAACUAGGGCAGAAGGAAGAAAGAAAAAAAAGCAGGUUUCUUUCUAAAAUAGAUAAUUGCUGCCAGGACAUUUCCCAACCUCACCAGCAGCCCCCAAAUCACUCAUGUCCCCAGAAGGGCUUGGGAGGCUUCAGGGAACCCAAUAGCAUAAGUUGUUCAGUAGAGUUGGAAGUUGAAAGGCAUUUUCUUAAGACCAGGGACAGACUUCAGCCUCCCUCCUUAACUUGUGUUGAAAGUGUUAGCUAGACAGGAGGGGAGCUCAUCUCUGUGUUGAUGUUGCCACUGCCAAGUGCAGCUGCAAGGAAGCAGGAGGGGUGGGGAAGCCUAUGAAACUGGCUCUCAGAUAGUUUGUACUUUUCCCCCCUUAUGUUCUCAACCUCAAUUCUGACAGUAUUUAGUUUGUAGUAAAAGGGUUGGGGUGUUCCCGCACUCGAGCCUUGUGUGGCUUUAAUGCGUUUGAAUGAAAGCCUUUUGGGGUUGUUUGCAAUCUGUUUUCGGGUCUUGUCAUUGUGUCCCGAGGUCCCUACCCCAUCCCAGGAUUCUGUUCUCUCACAAGGACCCUCAGUGACCAAAAGCCCAGCCUGCUGGCUCAAAGGUGCAUGAAGAAGACUUGUACCCCAAGGGUAAGCAAGUCUGAGGGAACCUGGUUCCUCUACUGGGACUCCAUGUGGAUCACUUACCUCCAGCCUGGCUUCACCCUGGGUCCUCUGUUGACGAGCACCACAUGAACCUCCUUGUGUUGUGAUAACUGGGCAUUAAACGACAAUUUGGA